AUGCGGGUUCCCUUCGAUAUUGCGGCGCUGGUCCUACAAGCAACCGACUGGCUCCUCCCCAACACUGACACCGUUGCAACAAGGCCACUCCUGUCCCAUGAGACGCAGGUUUAUCUCGGUGCUGUACAACAGCGAUGGGGCGUACCCGGUGCGGCAAUCGGUAUUGUCACUGGCCCCAAGCAUACUUUCAAGGAUGAGUGGAAGGCGGAGUAUCUGAGUUUGGGCAUUGCCGAUGGCAAGGGCAACCCCGUUACUGAGAAGUCCUUGUUCUCUAUUGCGUCCAACUCGAAACUCUUCACAGCCAUAUCCAUAGGGAUGCUGAUUGAAAACAACACUAUUGUGCCCUCGACGGGCAAAUUUCUGGACUGGGAUACCAAGAUCAUCGACGUCUUACCCGACUGGAAGAUCCAGGACGAGUACGCGACUAAUAACCUGGACAUUGUCGACCUACUUUCUAUGCGUUCAGGCUUACCCAGCCAUGACCUCCAUCACCAAAGCGGUAUCCCGCUUGCAGACUUUAUCCACAACUUGCGCAACCUUCCAAUGAACGCCGAGAUCCGCCAAACCUUCCAAUACAAUAACCAGCAUUAUGUCACUAUUGGACAGAUGGUGUCGGUCCUCUCCCAACGGUCAUUCGUCGAGUAUGUGCAGCACCACAUCUUUGACCCCCUCGGCUUGGAAAUGACCUACAACCACACUGCAGCUGCGACAACGGGUUUAAGGACUCAUGCGUUUGCACAUGUGGGUGUUAACCGGACCGAGUGCUUUGAAAAGUCGGACCUGGAGAACGGCGAGAUGGACCAGAGUUGUCGUGGAGAGACCAAGAGUUAUGGGUGGUGGACAAAAGGGGACGCCAUCGACAAUGCGGCGCCAGGUGGGAUCGUCAGCAACAUCGGAGACGUGGUCACCUGGCUCCAGGAACUACUUUGCCCAGUCCACCUUCCCAAGUCCCUUAUCGCCAAAUGCGCCUCGCCCAUCAUGUUCAUGACAGACCCGACCCUGCCGCACUGCUCGCCGUUCCUCUAUGGCAUGGGCCAAAUCAUGUUCACCUACCGCGGCGAGCAGGUGGUGGAGCACACGGGCGGACUUCCCGGUCAGACGAGUCUAAUCCUUCGCCUGCCCGAACGUGAUCUUGGAGUCGCGAUCCUCACAAACGAUUUCCUUGCUGGACCACACUUUUUCCAGGCGGCGGCUUAUCGUAUUCUCGACGAUCUGCUGGGUCUCGAGCCGUACGACUACGAGAAAGUAAUCUUUGACCGUCGUUUCCCGGCCCCUGUCGAGACCAAAUGGCCAGUGAACCCCUCCCCUCCCAAGGAAGGUUUCCAAUCCAUCCCCGGACGAUACUUUCAGCCAGGCUACGGGGAUCUGGACAUUCACCUCUUUGACAACCCUACUGGGGACUGGGUGGGGCGUUCCAUAGUCUCCCAACUAGCCCUCAUGGGUGUGAUCCCCGACGCCUCGUCUCUCCCCGAAGCAAGUUACAUUGCCGUCACGACACGCACGUUUUUGACCCAUUGGGUCUUUACCCACCACGACAAGGGAGUGUUCAACGUCACCACCUUCGCCUUUUUCGAUGCCGCCGAUGGCAGUGGGCCACCUCUGAGCGAUCUGAGCGCCCAAGGAGCUGCAGUGUUCAAUGGAAGGGGUGUGGGGUUGUUUGGCCUGGAUACCGCCGGUGAAGGUGCUAAAUCGUGGCCCGCGGUGGAUGACGAGUUUGCCGAGGAGCGAGCUGGGGUGUGGUUUGGGCGCCAGUAA